UGAAGAUACGAUGUAUCGAAUCCUUUGCUUCCUCUUCUUUCUCUCAUAUUCUCGUGUUUUUUGUUUCUCUUUCUCUAAUUCUACGAAGCUGUGCCCUCAUCACCAGAAUGUUGCCUUGCUUCGACUUAAGCAAUCAUUUUCCAUAGAUGUCUCCGCUUCUUCUUCGGAUGAUUGCAAUUUAGCUUCUUUUGCCAAGACAGACACUUGGAAGGAAGGCACUGAUUGUUGCUCAUGGGAUGGUGUCACAUGCAAUAGGGUUACAGGCCAUGUAAUCGGGCUCGACCUUAGUUGCAGUGGCCUCUAUGGUACCAUUGAUUCCAACAGCAGCCUCUUCCUCUUGCCUCAUCUACGAAGGCUCAACCUUGCUUUUAAUGAUUUCAAUAAGUCCUCUAUUUCAGCUAAGUUUGGACAAUUCCGGAGAAUGACUCAUCUCAACCUUUCUUUCUCAGGAUUUUCAGGUGUAAUUGCUCCAGAAAUCUCCCACCUAUCCAACUUGGUUUCGCUUGAUCUCUCCGUCUAUAGUGGAUUAGGACUUGAAACAAGUAGCUUCAUUGCACUUACUCAAAACCUAACGAAGUUGCAGAAACUUCAUCUCCGAGUUUACCGGAAAUGUAUUUGAAGAAUUUCAAGGCAAUGAUGAAUGCGACUGAGGAUAAAAUGGAAUUGAAAUUUAUGGGCGAAUACUCUUAUCGAGAUUCAAUAAUGGUAACAAUCAAAGGAUUUGAUUUUGAAUUUGUAAGUAUCUUGUUUACCUUCACAAUAAUUGAUUUGUCAAGCAAUAGAUUCCAAGGAGACAUUCCAGAUUUCAUUGGUAGUCUUAGUUCACUUCGAGAACUCAACUUGUCUCAUAACAACAUUACAGGGCAUAUUCCAUCAUCUUUGGGGAAUCUAAUGGUGCUUGAAUCAUUAGACCUCUCUUCGAACAAGCUCAGUGGGAGAAUUCCAAGGGAGUUGACAAGUCUAACGUUUCUUGAAGUCCUAAAUCUUUCAAAAAAUCAUCUCACUGGAGUCAUUCCUCGAGGCAACCAAUUUGAUUCAUUCGCAAAUAAUUCAUAUAGUGGGAAUAUAGGAUUAUGUGGAUUUCCCUUGUCUAAGAAAUGUGUAGUUGAUGAAGCACCACAACCUCCCAAAGAAGAGGAGGUGGAAUCUGAUACUGGAUUUGAUUGGAAAGUCAUAUUGAUGGGGUAUGGCUGUGGACUAGUAGUUGGAUUGUCUAUUGGGUGCCUCGUCUUCUUAACAAGAAAGCCUAAAUGGUUUGUAAGAAUGAUUGAAGGAGAUAGACACAAGAAGGUUAGAAGGUCAACAAGGAGCACUUGCAGGCAUGGAGCAAGAAGAAGUUAGGCCAUUUCUAUGAUAUUGUAUUUGGUGAAUGAUACUAAUGAAUGUUGCAUUCUUAUGUAAACAAAUAACAUGUAUUGCGAUUAAUGAA